GAAAGGAGAGCAGGUUGCCGGUGUUUCCUAACAGCAGUCUCAGAUUGUUUGCUGCAAUGAGAGGACACUGAUUGUAUAGACAUGAGUGCAAGGAGAAGAGGUGGGAAGCCCAAUAGAGGAGGGGGGAAAUUCAACAAGCCAAAAGGAGGUGGUGGACGAGGAGGUGGAGGAGGUGGAGGAGGUGGUGGUGGAGGUGGAGGAGGUGGAGGCAGGAAAGGAGGAGCUGGUGGCUGGGAUGAUGAAGACGAUUUCAGCCUUGAUUUUGGACCCCCUCGUUCCAGCAGACCUGGCAGAGGACGAGGUGGCGGUGGGGGUGGCGGUGGCAGUGGCGGUGGCAGACGCGAAGGUGGCAGAGAUGGAGGAAGAGGAAGAGGGGGUAGAGAUCGCGACAGGGACAGCAGAAGUGGAGGGAAAAGCAGUGGUAAGGCUCUUCCAAGGUCUCUAGCAACGACCAGAACGUAUCCAAAGCCUGGGGACAGCAUGAGGCCAGAGGCAAGCACCAUGCCCAUGCAGAAGAUCUUCAUGACUAAUGAGAACCAAGAACAACUCAAGGAGCUGCUGCGAGAGCUGCAAUCCCUUGAUGAGCCUUAUGAUGAAUCGGGCUCAGAUUACUCAGGGGGAGAAGAAGGAGAGGAGGAACUUGACGAAUUGGACCACCGUGAGGACGGCCAGUUUUGGGCCACUAAUGAUGAGCCUGUGGAGAGAGCAGAGAGCCCAGUAUAUGACCCGGAGUCUGAUGAUGAACGGCCAACGCCUGAACCUAUCAUCUCAUUAUUUGCAAUUGGAAAACUCUGCAGGUUCGGGUUUGACAGAGAGCGCGGCAAGCAGGCACUAGAGUCUGGUGGAGGGGAAUUCGGCACCACUUUGGAACAGCUCCUCCUCCUGGUUUUCAGCGAACGCUACGGCCAGAAAGCACUCUCCGUCGACGGUCUGCAAAGUGUGCCUAUGGAUGAGUGUUUAAGCCAGAGACAGGAGGAAGCUCUGGCUCUAGCCGCCAUUUAUGGUGAGCGCUUCAGCGAGCGCAUUGCCAACUCAGUGUGGACUGUAACCCUGGACCUGGCAUUCAUCUUCGAAAACGCUAACAAGAACGGUGGACGCCUGGGGAGUCGAGGUGGUGGAGGAGCAGCUGUAAACAUGCGUGAUGUUUGCAGAUUCUACAUGAAAGGACAAGGCUGCCGCUUUGGGGACAAAUGUAAGUUUAAACACCAGCUCCCUACGAAAGCGAGAUCUGGGGCUGGUUCUCCAGACCUGACCGGCCCUAGCCAACCCGGCUUCAACAGCUAUUCUCCUCCUGAGUACGAACUACAGAUCCGAUUCCCAAAAGGAAACCGUUACCCUUUCCAGGCCCCGAUAGUUGCUUUUAACACCACAGAUGAAUCUGUUGGAGGUGCAGGGAGGCUCAGCGUGACUGAAAGAUUAUUUGGAGAAGCUUUGACUGCAGCGAAGAGCAGCGAGCCGGUUGUUUACACUCUGAUCACCAUAUGUGAGGAUGAAGACAUGAUGAGCGAACUGCUGGCUGUCAGUCAUCACAAAUACAGCACACCACCGCCUGUAGUUGCUCCUCCUCCUCCUCCUCUUGCUAUAGCAAAGAGUAAGAGUGUGAAGAGUGAUGUUUCUGAGGAAAGCAGGGGUAGUAGUAGCAGUAAUCACACCAACAGCAGAAGGAGAGCCCCACCUUCCAACCAGAAACCCAUAGAUGUUAAAGAAGUGAAAGAAGCAGACGAGCCGGAUGACCGGGAUGAGGAAGAUGAGGAUGAAGCCAUUCCAGUCGAGAAUGAGAGUUACGUCAAUCUGAGGAAGAAGAUGGUGAAUAAGCACAACCUGAAGAUGGACAAUGCCCUGCAAGAGAAUGGCAAGCUGUGUCGAGAGUAUCAAAGGAAGCAGUCAUCCAGACGCUUUCGGUCCAUGCUGGAGCAGAGGAGGAAGCUGCCAGCUUGGCAGGAGAAAGAAAACAUCCUUGACGUGUUGGACCGGUGCCAGGUGCUGGUGGUCAGCGGGAUGACAGGCUGUGGUAAGACCACUCAGAUCCCUCAGUUCAUCCUCGACUCCACGCUGAGCGGCCGAGCAGACGAGGUGGCAAACAUCAUCUGCACUCAGCCCCGCCGCAUCUCCGCCAUCUCUGUGGCUCAGAGGGUGGCACAGGAGCGGGCCGAGAGUCUGGGCAACUCAGUGGGCUACCAGAUCCGCCUGGAGACCGUCAGGACGUCUGCCACCAGACUGCUGUACUGCACCACCGGCGUGUUACUGAGAAGACUGGAGGGGGAGGCAGACCUGAAAGGCGUCACACAUGUCAUUGUGGAUGAAGUGCACGAGCGAACAGAGGAGAGUGACUUCCUGCUGUUGGUGUUAAAAGACCUGAUAGCACAGAGACCAGACAUGAAGAUCAUUCUGAUGAGUGCCACCCUCAAUGCCAACCUCUUCUCUGAGUAUUUUCACAACUGUCCCACUAUUCACAUACCAGGGCGUACCUUUCCUGUUGACCAGUUCUUCCUCGAGGAUGCAAUUGAAAAAACCCGCUAUGUCAUCGAUGACGGCAGCCCUUACAUGCGCUCAGGGAAACAGAAUUCGUCUUCCACAAGCGGACGAGGAAGCAAACCAGAUCCGAGAGGCGUGGUGGACAACCUUGGUGACGACAUGUGGAACUUCAUGUCUUUCUGUAAGAAGGACUUUGUCAAAGACUCUAUUCCAGACCAGCAGCUCGGCCUGCAGGAGCUCACUCUCAGAUAUAAAGAUACUAAGAAGUCUGUGCUGAAGACCAUGGCUGCUAUGGACCUAGACAAGAUCAACAUGGACCUGGUGGAGAGUCUUCUGGAGUGGAUUGUGGAUGGAAAACAUGGCUACCCUCCAGGUGCGGUGCUCGUGUUUCUGCCUGGCCUGGCUGAGAUCAAGAUGCUCUAUGAGCAGCUGAAAUCCAACAGGAUGUUCAACAACAGGGGUGCAAAAAGGUGUGAGGUGUACCCCCUCCAUUCAACCUUGUCCAACGAGGAACAGCAGGCGGUCUUCAGCCGACCCCCAGAAGGUGUCACAAAGAUCAUCAUCUCCACCAACAUCGCAGAGACCUCAGUAACCAUCGACGACGUGGUAUACGUCAUCGACUCCGGCAAGAUGAAGGAGAAAAGGUACGACGCGACUAAAAGCAUGGAGAGUCUGGAGGACUCGUGGGUGUCUCGGGCCAACGCGCUGCAGAGGAGAGGUCGAGCUGGUCGUGUGGCCUCAGGGAUCUGCUUCCAUCUCUUCACCAGCCACUGCUUCCAACACCAGCUGGCUGAGCAGCAGCUGCCUGAGAUCCAGAGAGUGCCUUUAGAGCAGCUGUGCCUCCGAAUCAAGAUCCUUGAUGUGUUUGCCGAGCAGAUGCUGGAGUCUGUUUUCACUCGCCUGAUUGAGCCCCCGGCUAUGGGAAGCUUGGAUGCAGCCAAGCAGCGACUGUGCGACCUUGGAGCUCUGACUGCAGACGAGAAGCUGACCCCGCUGGGCUAUCACCUGGCCUGCCUGCCCGUCGACGUACGAAUCGGGAAACUCAUGCUGUUUGGUGCCAUCUUCCGCUGCCUUGACCCGGCACUCACCAUUGCUGCCAGUCUGGCCUUCAAAUCCCCAUUUGUGUCUCCGUGGGAUAAGCGAGAAGAAGCCAAUGAGAAGAAACUGGCCUUUGCUGUGGCUCAAAGUGACCAUCUAGCAUUGUUACAGGCAUACAAGGGAUGGUGCUGUGCUGCAAAAAAUGGCAACCAGGCCGGCUUCCUCUACUGCAGGGAGAACUUUCUGUCUUGGCGAGGCUUACAGGAAAUCGCCAGCCUGAAGAGGCAGUUCGCAGAGCUGUUGUCUGACAUUGGCUUCAUCAAGGAGGGACUAAGGGCCAGGAUUAUAGAGCGCAUGAGCUCCAAAGGCACUGAUGGUGUUCUGGAGGCUACAGGCCGUGAGGCCAACCUCAACUCAGAAAACAUCAGGCUAAUGUCCGCCAUGCUGUGUGCUGCCCUCUAUCCUAACGUGGUCCAGGUUCGCUCUCCUCAAGGGACUUACAAGAUGACCAGCACAGGAGCGAUGAAGAUGCCGCCCAAAGCCAACGAGCUCCGCUUCAUGACCAAGAACGACGGCUGUGUUCACGUGCACCCCUCAUCAGUCAACUACACAGUUCGCCACUACAACAGCCCCUACCUGGUUUACCACGAGAAGGUGAAAACGAGCCGCGUCUUCAUCCGGGACUGCAGCAUGGUGUCCGUCUACCCGCUGGUGCUCUUUGGAGGCGGUCAAGUCAACAUGGAGCUGCAGAAAGGAGAGUUUGUCAUCUCACUGGAUGAUGGAUGGAUCCGAUUUGCUGCUUCUUCUCAUCAGGUGGCAGAGCUGGUGAAAGAGCUGCGCUGGGAACUGGACCAGCUGCUAGAGGACAAAAUCAGGAACCCGAGCAUAGACCUGUGCAGCUGCCCCCGCGGCUCCCGCAUCAUCCACAUGAUAGUCCACCUCAUCACCACACAAUAAUGCUGCUACUAAACACACACUUUUAACCCUUUGUGUCACCCUGUGGGCUUACAUGCAUGAAGCUCUGCAGUAAAAAGGUCUUUCUGCUGAAAAGAUACUGCCAUAAAGGGAUUUUAAUAACAGUGCUCCAUCAGUUGGGCUGCAGUGAGGCCGCCUGCACCCUCCUGCCAUGUGACACUUUAACAUCAGUAUCCGUUUACAUGAAAACAGAGCUACUGUUCUAGCUGCACUAAAGCAAAUAUUGCCUUUAAAGAAAAUCAUAUGGCUCUAUGCAGGUGAUCAACAAACCUGUGUUGUUGUAAUUGCUGGAAUAAAGUGCUUCCUGCUGUUUCACCAGAUCCAUUUUGACAGAAUUGAAUUAGAAAGGUUUUACAGUGCCAUACUACUGUAUUUUCAGUAAACUGGCACAGAAAGAAGUGAUUAAUUUGAUGUCAUAUUUGUAUUUAGUGUAUUUUCAUUUGAGUUGUGUCUCUUUCCCACAACUGAGAAGCUUUUUGUGUCCAUAUUGGAUUUCUUCUUAUUCUCACAGUGGCUGAAAAAUUGUUACGGUUGUGUGAGUAUUUAUUUGUAAUGCAUGAUUGGAAUAUCCAAGAGCUUCAGCAUGGAAUUCGGUUGUUUUACAUUUACUGAAUGUAUUUCAAUGUAAUGAUGUCAUAACUACAUUGUCACAAUGUGAAUGCAAGGGCUUUUUAAAUCAGGAUAAUUCGGAGUUUCCAAAGAGUCUGGAAGCUUCUUGUCUUAAAUGAGUGAAUUCCACUGCACAAAAAAAUAAAAAUGGAAAGGAGAA